ACAACAAUUUAUCCCAUCGACAUAUAUUCGGCAUAAGGCGAUUGUGUUGGCAACAUGGCCAAAGUGUACAACGUCUUUUCUAGAUUGUGCUAGAUUAGAGAUCGCCAUUACGAAGCAUUUGAACGUCUCUGUCAACUAAAUUUUUUUGUUUCGACGGUUUUCUGUGAGAAUUUCUUGGUGAGUUAACGCACGAAACACACUAACUCGAGUAGUUUUUCAGUCGAAUAAUUGUUUAAGUCGUUGUAAGCGUUUUAGGCUUAGAGACUUGGAACCGCGAAUAUCCAAUAGAGGUAAAUUUCCCCCAGAACGACCUUUCACGUGAGCACAAACUAUCGUCAAACGUGUUUAACCGAAUCAAUAAACAAUUUCCCAUCAAUUUUUCCAUUAAAGCGUAGGUGGAAUAAACAGUUAGGUUUCUGGUUAGGUUAGCGUGGUUAUAAAACUUGUUUUCCGCGUGUUACACUAGAAAAUACGCAUAUCAAUGGGCUCGGCUAUUUGUGAAAAAAGUUGCUUAGUUCUGUUUGCAAACAAACCGAGAUAGUGAUCAGGAGAUAACUGAUAUCAGUUAUCCAAAUGCCAUACAUUCUAGUCAGAGGUAAUCUAGCUGCAUAUGGCCAGAGAUAUCCUUGGAGGGUGUUGGUCUCGGGGCUGAAAGCUGGAGAUAUUGAACAGCUAAAUCGGUUUGCUUCUGGUGGUUACUGUGACGACUCUACUAUUGUAUACAUGCAACACCCUUGCGUUAUUCUUACAGCAUUGGAAGUUCUAGGCUAUACUGUGGUGGCUUCAUCAAGCACAAGUGUAAAACAAGACUACAACGAGUAUAUGUGGACUAUGAGAAGAGAGUUUGCUGAGCCUGAUCCUGCCACCAUAUCUCCAAUUAAAGAGUCGGAAAAAGCUCCACUAGAGAAAGGAGAAGUGUAGUAAGGCUUCCUACCCCGCUAGUAAACCAGCACAGAAAACAAGUGUCAAAUAACCACUUAGCACCACUAUGGAAAUACCCGCGAGCCUUUUAAUGUCUUCAGGAACCUAUGCUUAUGUAGCAGUAAAAGCUUCCGUCCAUGCCUCAGACAGCUCAGUGUUUGGCCUGAAUGGCGAUGAAAUCAAAGCUCUAGUAAAACGCUUUUCUGACUACCGCAAGGGUGUCAUUAAUGGGGUUUUGCUCAAAGCCUGUCCAUUGGAUGUGGUCAACGCUUUGGGGCAACUUGGCUAUCGAGUGGUUGCCACCACGGGAGAAGCCGAAGUAAUUUGGACCAUGCAAAGAGAUCUUUAAGUUGACUUCAUCAGCACAGCUAAAUCGCUAAACGAGAAGAAAACUGCUUUAACUUGAGAACUUGUACUGUACAGAUUUAUAAAAUCAACGGAAAAUUGCACAUAUGUGAGUUCCAUCUUGAAGACAGCAAUGAAGUAUUCCCUUCAAGUGAAAGAAUAUUUUAUCAAUACGAUACCUUUACGUGAUAAUCUCGUUGUUGUGAACAGUGGAAAACCGCCUUUUUCGUCAAAACGUUUUGUAAAAUUAAAUAAUUUCGAAAUGUAGGGAAUAACUUACACCGUGAAUUCCGUGGCAAUAAUACGUUUCUUCUUGCAGUUUAGCUCUUAAAAUCGCUUUCACCCGCUAGGAAAUGCACUAAUAAUAAUUAAAUGUUAACUUAAGAUAUUGUAUAUACUUUCCUGACUGUGUUUCAAUUCCAAAUCAAAUUCAUUCCUGCGUUUCAGUCAUUUCUUGUCUCUAUUUAUCUAUCAACAUACCAAAUUUUUGCCGAGCAAGAAAAUGCAUGCCAAGGCUUAAAGCAGCAACAACGCUACACAUAAAAACUGAUGAUGGUGGAAAAAUACACCGAAACGUAUUUUGAUAAAUAAAUAGAGACAAUAAAUGACUGAAACCGAGGAAUAAAUUUGAUUUGAACUUAAGAUAUAAAAAAGCUGUAAGUAUUGUACAACUACAACAAAGAAUUUGCACGGAAUUCACGAUGCUUCUCUCAACUGUUUUAUCUAAUAUAAUAUUUCAUCGCUGUGAAUCGCUUCAAUUUUUACAACACUUUUUUGGUUUUUUUCCCAGAAGUGACUCUUUCAUAUAGUAGUGCGAAGAAUAUUUAACAAAAUUCAGCAAAGCUGGAUUUGAUUUAAAAAAAAAUGCACGAUGUUCAGCCGUUUUCUUCUUAUCGAUAGAUCAAAUAGCCUUGCCCGAUAUGUAAUUACAAUUUUACUAGAUAUAGCUUGAGUUUACCAUUAAUAGGGUAGCAAUUAUUUACACACAUGCAAACAUAUACAUAGUAGAAAAUAAAAUUGUAAACUAUCAGAUAUUUUCAUAUAUUAGCUUUGAUACGUAGAGGCAGUUUGUAAUAACGUUCCAAAUAUGGAACAGUAGGUAUAUUUAGUAAUAUUUUAACAAUUACAUGACAUUGUCCAAUACCAAUAGAAAAAUGUUUGCAUCCUCAUAAGCAUUGAUAUUGUGUACUUACCUACUUAUGAUUUAUUUAGUGGUUUGAUUUUAUGUAUGCUGCACGCUGUGAUUGUCUUGUAACUGAUAUUAUAUAAGCUCAUUGAUAUGGUUUUUGUCCGAACUUUGUUAUACGAAAGUUGUGCAUCUAAUUAAGAAUUUAUAUCACUGAAACCUAGAGGCAAUAAAUUAGCGAGCUUUUAUGACAAUUGGA